AUGACCACCGUCCAAAAAGCCGGCGAGGGGACAAACCCCCGCGGCAUCCCCUACGCCCCCUUCGUCGACAAUGUGAGCGACUACGUCUCCUCGCGCGCCGAAGUCGAGUCCACAUUACGCAGCUUCCAAGAAAUGAUCUCCAAAUACCAAUUUAUGGAAAUGAACACUCAGCGACGGAGUGCAGGCCUAAAGGAAAAGAUUCCAGACAUAAAAAAGACGCUUGAUAUGGUUCGUUUUUUGAAACUCAAUCGUGAGAAUAAUGAAGACGACGAAGACGAUGAAGAAGAGGAGGGAAAGGGGGGAUUAGAGACGCAUUUCGAGUUAAAUGAUACGCUUUAUGCGCGCGCGAAAGUGGCGGCGAAGGAUACAGAUGAGGUUUAUCUCUGGCUUGGGGCUAAUGUCAUGCUUGCGUACCCCAUUGCGGAGGCAGAGACCAUGUUGACGGAGAAGUUGUCGGCGGCGGAGUUGAGUUUGGCGAAUUGUGAGGAGGAUUUGGAGUUUUUGAGGGAGCAGAUUACCACGCUUGAGGUUGCGACUGCGAGAGUGUAUAAUUGGGACGUUAUGCAGAGACGAAAGGAGAAGGGAGAGGGAAAGGACGAUAAGGGAGAGCCGGAUGGUUAA